GAAUUCUAUCUGAAAUUGAACUGCGUGGAAACUCAGGAAAAAAGGGAAAAAGAAAGAGCCAUCAAGGUGGUGGCUGCGGGGACUUUUCUUAUUUCAGUGUCUUCCACAGAAGAAGCCUGGUAUGGACUCCGGCGACGGCGAAGCAACCACUUCAUGCCACGUGGUGGCCAUGCCAUACCCAGGUAGAGGCCACGUCAACCCCAUGAUGAACCUCUGUAAGCUACUAGCUUCAAAAAAGGACGAUAUCCUCAUCACCUUCGUUCUCACUGAGGAGUGGCUCGGCUUGCUCGGUUCCGAUGAUAAGCCGGAUCAGGUGCGGUUCUCAACAAUCCCUAAUGUGAUCCCUUCGGAGCGAGUUCGCUCAGCUGACUUCCCUGGCUUCAUCGAAGCCGUGUCAACGAAGAUGGAAGCCCCUUUCGAGCAGCUCCUGGAUCGGCUGGAGCCGCAGGUGACUAUUAUUAUCGCCGAUAGUAACCUGCUGUGGGUCGUGGGAGUUGGACAGCGGAAGAAUAUUCCGGUAGCGUCGUUGUGGCCGAUGUCGGCGGCGGUGUUUUCGGUGUUCCAUCAUUUUGAUCUCCUUGUUCAAAACCAACACUUCCCAAUUGAUCUGUCGGAAAGGGGAGAGGAGCGAGUGGAAUACAUCCCGGGAAUUUCCUCAACGCGCAUAUUAGACCUUCCGUCAAUCUUCAACGGCAAUGGCCGACGAGUUCUGCAUCGGGCUUUGGAGAUCUGCUCUUGGGUGCUUAAAGCACAGUAUCUUCUGUUCACUUCUGUAUACGAGCUUGAACACCAAGUUGUGGACGCUUUGAAGUCAAAAUUUCCAUGCCCCAUCUACACGGUUGGCCCUACCAUACCUUACUUACGUCUGAGAGACGAGUCCACAAGCCCCACCACCCACAGUGACCUUGACUGCAUGAAAUGGCUAGAUUCCCAGCCUGAAGCCUCUGUCUUGUACAUCUCACUGGGAAGUUUUCUUUCAGUCUCGAGCGCCCAAAUGGAUGAAAUUGCUGCUGGGUUGCGAAGUAGUGGCAUAGGGUUCUUGUGGGUGGCGCGCGAGAAAGCUGCUCAGUUGCAGGAGAGUUGUGGGGAUAGAGGCUUGGUGGUGCCUUGGUGUGACCAAUUGAAGGUGCUGUGCCAUUCUUCUGUAGGGGGUUUUUGGACCCAUUGCGGGUGGAAUUCUACUCUAGAAGCUGUUUUUGCAGGCGUUCCAAUGCUGACACUUCCUAUAUUUUGGGACCAAGUCCCCAACAGUAAGAACAUUGUGGAGGAUUGGAAGAUCGGAUGGAGGGUGAAGAGGGAGGUAGGAUGGGAAAAUUUGGUGAGCAGAGAGGAAAUUGCUGGACUAGUGCAGAGGUUUAUGGAUUUGGAAAGCGACGAGGGGAAAGAGAUGAGGAAAAGAGCAAAGGAACUUCAGGAGAUGUGUAGAGGAGCAAUUGCAAAAGGUGGUUCUUCCCACACUAAUCUUGAUACCUUUAUCUCCCACAUUUCACAACGUUAAGCCUAGUGUUGUUCCAUUAUUAUUAUUAUUAUUAGUCUCGUGCAAUUAUGUAUUACCUUAAGUGGGUCCCCGGAGGCCAUUAUCUUCUAUAAGGCGGCCUAUAUUCCAGA